AUGACUGCUGAAGGCAAUAUUUGGAACGUCAGAAAAAAGGACUAUGAAAAAGCGCUAUUUUUCUUCGAUUCUGGCGCACAAAAAACAGUAAUCGAGGAAAAUCUUGCAGAACAACUCGGUCUAUCCAAGAACACGACCGAAAUCUGCACCAUGUCCGGAAUUGGAGGGCAUAUUGAGUACUUCGAAAGUCAUAAGGUUUCGGCAAAACUAGGAACUGCUUUCGGAGAAGAAAUUUGCAUAACCAUACAGACCAAACCAGACAUAACAAACGGAUUUCCUUCAGUGAAACUGAACGUAGAAGAUAUUGAGUUCUUGAAAACAAAAACUAUCUGUCUAGCAAAUUCAAAGCUUCGUGGUGAGCAUCAAAAUCCACACGUUCUCGUUGGACUGGACUACUACCACGAUUUAGUUACGGAUCCAGCAAACAGAAUCCGAACACCAUCUGGUUUUCAUACAGCAAAAACGGUUUUUGGACCCACAAUUUAUGGUCAAGGAAUCAACAAAGUAAGUGAAACUACUAACACAGUAUGUCACAGCCUGACAGGAACUUCCGAAAACACGGAACAAGAACUCCUUACAGAAAAUGUUUGA